AUGAUAUCGGAAGAAAAAAUUGACAUCACGCCUGGAAAGGAUGGGGGAGUUCUCAAACGCAUACUAGUGCAUGGAACUGGAGAACAGUGUCCUUCGAAUGGAGAUACCGUAUACGUGCACUAUGUCGGUACUCUUGAAAGUGGUGAGCAGUUUGAUUCAAGUCGAGAUCGGAAAGAACCAUUUAGCUUUACUUUGGGAAAAGAAGAAGUUAUCAAAGGAUGGGAUCUUGGCGUUGCAACGAUGAAGAAGGGUGAAAAAUGUGAUCUCAUAUGCCGAGCUGAUUAUGCGUAUGGUGGAAACGGUAGUCCACCAAAAAUCCCGGGUGGCGCUACUCUCAAGUUUGAAGUUGAAUUACUGCGCUGGCAAGGAGAGGAUAUUUCGCCUGAUCGAGAUGGCUCAAUUACUCGUUCUUUCAUUGUCGAGGGUGUAAAAUACUCAAGUCCUACUGAAGGAUCGACCGUUAAAGUGUGUGCUGUUGGUACAUAUAAUGGCCGAGUAUUUUAUGACAAAGAAGUCAGUUUCGUAUUAGGCGAGGGAUCAGAGGUUGGUUUACCAGAGGGUGUCGAUCGUGCUCUUCGUCGAUUUAAUAAAGGAGAAAAAUCUGCAGUCCAUCUCAAAGGAAAUCGUUUCACAUAUGGUGCCAACCCGCCACCUGAGUAUAAUUUGCCAGUCAAUGCCGAAAUUGAUUUUACAUUGUUUCUUAAAGAAUAUGAAAAGAUGAAGGCCUCAUGGGAAUUAACUGGUGAUGAAAAGCUUGAUGCUGCAGAGGCAGCUAAAGAGCGAGGUACCAUGUUUCUCAAGCAAGGUAAACUUCGCCUCGCAAAUGCGAAGUAUUUGCGCGUUAUUGAGCUGUUAGAAUAUGAAAAUUCACUGGAAAAUGAAGCUAAAAAUAGACGGAAUGCGUUGCUGCUCGCUGGUUAUCUGAACAGCGCUCUUGUUUGUUCGAAGCAAAAUGAGACAGUGGAGUGUAUAAAGCUUUGCGACAAGGCUCUCGAAGUUGAUCCGAAAUGUAUUAAAGCACUGUAUCGAAAGGCUUUGGUAAUUGUUGGUGAAGUUGAACUAGCAUUGCAAGAGCAAAACGAUGCUGACGAGGCAAUUGCAGUGUACAAGAAGGUGUUAGAUUAUGAACCGGAUAAUAAGGCAGCUGCAGCGAAGAUAAUCGAGUGUAAGAAGAAAGUGGUGGAGAUUCGUAAUCUGGAGAAGAAACGAUAUAAAGGGAUGUUUGAGAAAUUUGCUGCUAAAGACAGGGUUGAAUUGAAUGAAGACACGGAAGCGGGAGCAAUGGAAACUUCUAGCCCGAAAUCAGAAGUGGUGAACUAA